CUCACAUUUUGGGCCGGAAGCAGCGCGAAAUGGCUUUUCCAGCACUGGGUAUCUACUACUGUAGCUAGAAGAGUAGUCUACCGGUAGCCUAUCGAUAGAUAAGUUGACGAUGUUGAGGAGAAACCAAGGUGCUGCGCUGCUCCUUCUCCUGUUGCCAUUGUUGGUUCCUGUGGGCCAAUCUCAAAGACUCGGGGGAGGAAGAGGUGGUGGAGGAGGAAGAGGCCGGGGUCGACAACGAGAGACAGAGAUCACUUCCUUUUCCAGACCAGAAGACCUAGUGAACUUAAGAGGGACGCCCUAUCUGGUGGUGAGUGAGUUUGGUACACCUUCUCGGUCAGACACGGGAGCCGUAUCAUUGUUAAAUGUAAACACGAACGAACGGAUUCCUCUCUGGACGUUGCCUGAGGGCGAUGUGGCGUCUACUCCGCUGUCCCCCAUGGCAGAUCCUACGUGUACUCCAAGACCCAUGGGAAGAAUUGGUCCGCAUGGCAUUGACGCCUAUGACAAUCGAGAUGGCACUUGGGAAGUGGCCAUUGUAAAUCACUUUGCUUACGAAAGCAUUGAAUUUUAUCACUUGAACUUUAACAACCCGGAUGGCCCGUUGCCCCUGUUUACCAAAAUUGGUUGUACCUACUUGCGAAAUGGGGAUGUUCAUAAUGACUUGUCUUAUAGCAGUGACAAGUCUUCCAUUGUCGUGACUUUGUGGUACAACAAUUACUUUGGAACACGCAAUCAACUAUUCACGGUCGCCGUUUCCAUUCUGGGAGUGGGAACCGAUGGAUCCAUCAAGCGAAUCACCCGCGGGGGACAAGUCAACACCAUUGUCGAGGGAUUUAAUGGACCCAACGGGGUCUUUGUCCACCCCGACAAUAAUCAAAUCAUUUACGUAUCCGAGUCACCCAGAGAUCAGAUUGUGGUCGUCAACGCCCGUCUGGAAGACGUCGAAACCAAUACCGAGUUGGAAUGUGCCAGCAUUCCCGACAACAUUUCGGCGUAUCCCGGAACCAAUUCCUUUUUGGUCACCCGGAUCGACUCGGGGGUGCCGCGGACUCUUAUUUGUAGUACGGGAGUACGCUGUCCUCCCAUUCGAUUCAGUGUGUUGCAGUAUGAUUAUCAACGAAACCGACAAACGGUCCUUUACAGUGGAUCGAUGCGGGGACAGCCCUCGGUGGCAGUCAUCAAAGGACGAGAUCUGUUUGUGGGAACCUUUAGUGCGAAUGUCAUUCUUAGAGUCAGCAAUGUUGUGUAAAAGGGAAACAUUUCCUUGCCUGGUCUCGUCUGAUUUGGUUUAGGUUUGACGCCAUGGGCUUCUCCUCGGAUCGGUUGAGGAUACAUGAGUUUAAUUGGAAUGGAAAGGAGUUCUACGGAAUAUGUCUUCUGUAGGUUUUCCCUCGACGGGUUAUAACUGAGGGACGGGAAUAGAGGAAACCUGCUGUCCACCAAGAACCAUCAGGGCCUAAUCGUUAGAGUACGUCAACUCUAGCAUCAAUAAUAGUAUUGUUGUUGCGGCAUGGCGGAAUGUACUCGCUCAAUACAGUUUAUUACUGACGAAUGGUACCGUGCAUUGUAUGAGACAAUGCCUGCUAGACUCAAUCCUUUCCCUUUACCAGGAAACAGUACAAUACAUGUAGCGUGCGCUAGGUCUACAGUAUGCAAACUCCCAGGAAUUCUGUAACUUUGUUUUGCUACUAGAGCU